UACAGUGGCAAGAUAUGUUGGACAUAAUUUCAAAGGCUUUAUAUGACAACAACAUGAUUUUUUCUCAGAUCAAUGGGAUUAAUAAAUUUCAGGAAAAUCUCUCUGCGUUUAAAUAUGAUCCCAACAUCAAUAUUUUGCUGCUGCCUCUUCACACUGGUUCCAAUGGACUAAACAUCAUCGAAGCAACUCAUGUUCUGCUUGUGGAACCCAUUCUGAAUCCUGCACAUGAGCUACAGGCUAUUGGCAGAGUGCAUCGUAUUGGCCAAACAAAGUCCACCAUUGUUCAUAGGUUCCUGAUAAAAGCAACAAUAGAAGAGAGAAUGCAGACUAUGCUGAAAACUGUAGAUAGAAGCCACACGAGCUCUUCCAUGAAACAGUCGGAAGCCUCAGUUCUGACAGUGGCAGAUUUGGCUGACCUUUUCACAGAGGAGACUGAAGAACUUGAGUAAAACCAUGGGUUUGGCCUAACAAAAUCAGAAAGUACCUGACCUAGUGAGCACCGGCAUAUAAUCCACUUGAUCUGUCAUUCCUGUAAACAUCACCUACCACUUGUCCGUACCGGAGCUAUUGGAAAUCGGGAAGUCUUAAUAGUUACUGGUUUAUUCUAUGCUGAAGUUCUUAGCACCACACACUUCUGAUAGCACUGGAGAAAAUUUGCACUUUGCACAUUAUACAAAACAUGGAUUUUAUUCCCAAAGAGCAUUUGAGCUGUAUGCUAAAA